AUGGCGAAGCCACUGGCGGGUUUCCAAGCAUUCGCCUCAAUUUGCGCUGCGAGUCGGACCACAAAGCUAGGUGACAAAAGCCGGCUCCGGGACCUCCGCCGGCUCCUACCCUGCAGCCGGAGCGCGCCUGCGUGUCGGAGCCCCUUUGUUGCUUGGCUGCCAGAGUCCGGCUGCGCCUGCGUGGUGGGCCGGCGCCGGCAAGUGCGCUGCACCGCUGGCACCGGCUGGGGGCGAGCAGACAUCCCCAGCAGCUGCCGCCGCCGCUGCAGCCGUUGCGACCGUCUCAGCGGAGUUCAGAGGGCCAGGCGGUGGGAGACUUCCCACAGGGUGGCUGAGAUGUCGUCCACCGCGGCUUUUUACCUUCUCUCCACCCUGGGAGGGUACUUGGUGACUUCCUUCUUGUUGCUCAAAUACCCGACCUUGCUGCACCAGAGAAAGAAGCAACGAUUCCUCAGUAAACACAUCUCUCACCGCGGAGGUGCUGGAGAAAAUUUGGAGAAUACAAUGGCAGCCUUUCAGCAUGCAGUUACAGUUGGAACUGAUAUGUUGGAAUUGGACUGCCAUAUCACAAAAGAUGAAGAAGUUGUAGUGUCACAUGAUGAGAACCUAAAGAGAUCAACUGGAGUCAAUGUAAACAUCUCUGAUCUCAAGUACUGUGAACUCCCACCUUACCUUGGAAAACUGGAUGUCUCAUUUCAAAAAGCAUGCCAAUGUGAAGGAAAAGAUAACCGAAUUCCAUUACUGAAGGAAGUUUUUGAGGCCUUUCCUAACACUCCUAUUAACAUCGAUAUCAAAGUCAACAACAAUUUGCUGAUUAAGAAGGUUUCAGAGUUGGUGAAGCAGUACAGACGAGAACACAUAACAGUGUGGGGUAAUGCCAGUUAUGAAAUUGUAGAAAAGUGCUACAAAGAGAAUUCAGAAAUUCCUAUACUCUUCAGUUUACAACGUGUUCUGCUCAUUCUUGGCCUGUUCUUCACUGGCCUCUUGCCCUUUGUGCCCAUUCGAGAACAGUUUUUUGAAAUCCCAAUGCCUUCUAUCAUACUGAAGCUAAAAGAACCACACACCAUGUCCAGAAGUCAAAAGUUUCUCAUCUGGCUUUCUGAUACUCUACUAAUGAGAAAAGCUUUGUUCGACCACCUCACUGCCCGAGGCAUCCAGGUGUAUGUUUGGGUAUUAAAUGAAGAGCAGGAAUACAAAAGAGCUUUUGAUUUGGGAGCAACUGGGGUGAUGACAGACUAUCCAACAAAACUUAAGGAUUUUUUACAUAAUUUUUCAGAAUAGAAAAGGAGGUACUCAGAAGCAUUCAAAGAAAACAUGAAAAGACCUAAGAAAAAAAAUUGUUAUUAUUUCCCUAAGCCAUUUCUGGAAUGGUAAAAGGUUUAAUCAGUUAAGUGUUUAUUACCUCAUUUUUAAGC